AGAAAGUGCCCUAGAUCAACCGGAGAGGAGUUUCUUCUCCUUCUCUCUCUCUCUCUCUCUCUCUCUCUCUCUCAAUCUUCCAUCCUCUCAAAUGUAAAUUUCACAUCUCAUUGGGCAAUGGACGAGGCCCACUGCUCACCAGUGGAUGUUUGAACUGCCCUCUGAGUCUUGCUUGACCACUGGCAAGGUUGUCAGUAUGGACAACCAUAUGGACUUGCCUGCCUAUCCUUUCUGUAACAAAGAGUGCUUUCACAUAGCUGGGACUGCACCUGAAUUUUCCUCGCAGGCUAGUGAGGCACUCCCUCAGAGAAGAAAGGCUCGGCCAGCAAAAAACUGUAGACCCCUGGAGCAUGGUGACAACCUCUGGCACUGGGUGCUAGCAUAAUACGCUUUUCCCAAUGGUAACUGCUCUUCUGCCAGAGUGCUGAUUUAUUGGGUUGGGUGGUAAACUGAUACAGUGGUACCUUGGGUUAAGAACUUAAGUCAUUCUGGAGGUCUGUUCUUAACGUGAAACUGUUCUUAACCCAAUGUACCACUUUAGCUAAUGGGGCCUCCCACCGCCGCGCAAUUUCUGUUCUUAUCCUGAAGCAAAGUUCUUAACCUGAGGUACUAUUUCUGGGUUAGCGGAGCCUGUAACCUGAAGCAUCUGUAACCUGAAGCAUUUGUAACCUGAGGUACCAUUGUAUUCUCUACAGACAUCUUGAGAACAUAAUGUAGGAGGGCAUCCUAUCUCCAUGAUUUCAUAGGAUUGCAGAGUUGGAAGUAACUGUGUGGAUCAACUAGUCCACCCCUCUGCAAUGUAGGAAUCUUUUUGCCCAAUGUGGGACUUGAACCCACAACCCUGAGGUUAAGAGUCUCAGACUCUACCAGCUGAGCUAUCCUAUCUCUGAGCAUGAGUGAGUCUGGAACUCAAUGCGGGAGAUGUAAAUGGUGGAAAAAGUCAGAGUGCAUUCUUAGAAAAGCACAAAUGAACACAUGCUGAUAUUUUCCAGAACGGGUAAUUUAGGUUUUUGGCAGGAGCGUGGAAUGAAUCCCGUCAGCAAUGCCAGUAAAUACCAAUAACAAUAUCAUUGCUAUAUAUCAGGAGCACAGUAUAUGCUAUAAAACACCUGGCUCAGGGUUUAUGGAUGAUACCAUCGACAGUUGCAAUUAACGCUGCUAUGCCUAACUGUGGGCUACAGUAUAAUCAUAAUGCUAUAAUUCAUGGCUGGAAACUCUAGAGGGUCUUCAAUCUGGUCCAGGCAAGUAAUUGAAUUUGGUAUCUCAAAGGUCAGUUGGAAACUGAGAAUCACUACAAGUGAGAAUUAUGAGCUGGAAGCAUCAGACGGCGCUUACAUUUUCAGCUUCGCAUAUAUUGAGGGUUUCUCUUGUUGUCCCUCCAGGAGGUAAACUUAAUAAUGCAAGCAGGAAGCACCAUGGGAAGAAAGGCUGUUUGUGUUUGCUUAAUGUGUCUUUUCAAGCUGGGCGUUCUGGGAUGUUUUGCUUAUGCAGAGAGCAAAAGGGGAAGAAAAAUGGACCAAGGUCAUCCCAAUCAGCCAGAAAAAUGCAUACCCUCCAACAUUUCUCCGAUGAAAAUAGGGACGUCCCAUCCCAUAAUGAUAAUUUUACUAUUUAUACCCCACACAUCUUAUUGGUUUGCCCCAGCCUCCCUGGGCAACUUCCAACAUAUAAAAAACAUUAAACAUUUUUUUAAAAAAUCUUCCCUAUACAGCAUUGCCUUCAGAUGGCUCUGGGGUUGGAUAACUCCAUACCCUCCAACAUUUCUCCAGUAAAAAUAGGGACAAAGUGAGACAUUGCAGGAUCAAAUCAGAAACCGGGACGGCUUCUCUAAAUCAGGGACAUCCCUGGAAAAUAUUAACACUUGGAGGGUCUGAAAAUGGAUUCAGGGCAGUUUCAUGCAACUUGUGGUUUUUUAGUGGAGCUGAUUUAGGGUCCAUCUGCUUCACUUCCAAUCAUAUCAUUUUUAACUUUUGAUUUCAGGCAGAGGUGACGCUGUUUAACCCUCCCCGUGGGUGUGAUUGCCUCAGGCUGUAGUUAAACUUAGGGAGAAAGGUCCAACUGCAAUUUUCAUUUUCAUUGUGGGUUGUGGGUGUGUUAAACCUCCCCAGCAGUGCAUGGAUUCCCAAUGAACAUCACUCCCAUGUGUGCAAUUAAAUAAAACGUGAAAAUGUGAUUACAAGCAGCACAGUUAGUGUCACCUGCAGACAGGCCCUCAGCAAGGAAAGCAGAAAGGAGUUUGCACCUUUGCUGUUACAGUCACAACUUGUUUUCCUUCCUAGUGGCAGACAAGCAAGCUCACUCUUGAAAAUGUUACUCUACAACCAACUUGCUCCUGUCCAACAAUGGUGCAGAAAACAGUUGCUCAUACAGAACUCCAUUGACAAUGCAAACCUCCACAUGUCUACUUGGAAGUAAGUCGCCUUUAGUUCCAUGGGGUUCAGUUCCCAAGGAAGUACCAGAUGUAGGAUUGCAGAGUUAUUGUCCGAUUUCCUUUGGGGACACCGAGUACAGUGGUACCUCGGGUUACAUACGCUUCAGGUUACAUACGCUUCAGGUUACAGACUCCACUAACCCAGAAAUAGUGCUUCAGGUUAAGAACUUUGCUUCAGGAUGAGAACAGAAAUCGUGCUCCAGCGGCGCAGCAGCAGCAGGAGGCCCCAUUAGUUAUAGUGGUGCUUCAGGUUAAGAACAGUUUCAGGUUAAGUACGGACCUCCGGAACGAAUUAAGUACUUAACCCGAGGUACCACUGUACUUGGAAUUUUGAUUAAGCGAACUUGAAAAGAGAGGUUGAGCCAUUCAAUUGCUUCUCCAUUAUUUCCUCAGGGGUAAGUUAAACCAACACUCUAAAAAGUGUCGCUGCCUAAAUGUGUUUUUGUUGCUGCUACUUCGCGCCAAAUGCCGAGGGAUUGGAUGGAGCUGGAAGAGAGUUGGACAGCAGGCAAAUGUGGGAGUAUAAAAUGUUGGGUAAAAUGUGGGAUGGAAGAAAAAGGAAGGGGUGAAAACAGCUUUAGUUUUUCCAAGGUGUGGGUCAAUAAUCGUGCUUAUUGGCUAAAUUUAGCAAGGGAGUCAUGGUGGGGGAAUGGAUUUAUGGCUACAUUCUGGGUUCUUUUUUUUCUUCCAAUAUGUUAUAUAGAACUUCAUCUACCAGUGCAGGCCCUGUUAGAUGAGCUUGAGAAGAUGCUGCCCCAGCAAAGACUUAGCUCUCUGAAGCCUUAAAGAGUCUGGCAGGGCUUCACCGCCAGGGAUUGCCGUUUGCAGUAUUUAAAGGGCCUGUAGUCAAUAAUAAUAAUAAUAAUAAUAAUAAUAAUAAUAAUAACAAUUUAUUAUUUAUACCCCGCCCAUCUGGAUGGGUUUCCCUAGCCACUCUGGACGGCUCCCAACAGGAUAUUAUAAACAUGAUAAAACAUCAAACAUUCAAAACUUCCCUAAACAAGGGCUGCCUUCUAAAAGUCAGGUAGUUGUUUAUUUCCUUGACAUCUGAUGGGAGGGCGUUCCACAGGGCAGGUGCCACUACUGAGAAGGCCCUCUGCCUGGUUCCCUGUAGCUUCACUUUUCACAAGGAGGGAACCGCCAGAAGGCCCUCGGAGCUGGACCUCAGUGUCCAGGCAGAACAAUGGGGGUGGAGAGGCUCCUUCAGGUAUACUGGGCCGAGGCCAUUUAGGGCUUUAAAGGUCAGCACCAACACUUUGUAUUGUGCUCGGAAAUGUACCAGGAGCCAAUGUAGGUCUUUCAGGCCCAAUGUUAUGUGGUCUUGGCGGCCACUCCCAGUCACCAGUCUAGCUGCCACAUUCUGGUGAAUGCGCAUUCUGCAACUGAAUAUCCCUGCACAAUUAUAGAGCAGGAGAGACUUCAGGUCAGGGACAGAGAGCAUAUGGUGCUCUUGAUGUUUGCUGGACUACAAAUCCCAUCAUUCCUGGCUAGCUGCUGUGCUGGCGGAGGAGGAUGGGGUUUGGAGUUCCACAGUAUCUGGAAGACUGUGUGUUUCCCACCCCUGCUCUAGGGGAAUCAACAUCAGACUCCAAGGAUGAGGGGAAAGCCAUGUCCUCAGACCAGGCAAGUGGUGCAACAUCUGACCAGAGUCCUCUUCAAGCCAGCACUGGGACCCUGAGGCAGGAGAUAUAACAAUGUCCGACUAUCAAUGAAACUUUCAGGGACAGGAUUCAUCUUCUAUGUACAAGCUCUGCAACAAACAGGGACACUUGAUAACUUGUUAUUUAACUACAGUCAUAGUUAAUAUGGGUUUAAGGACAAUACAUGCAUGCCUGAAUAGAAAUAGCUGGCGAAGAUUCAGUCAGUUCCAGCUACAGCGGAUGUCACAUUGCAAUGCGACAGGGCUUUCAGAUGACAUAUGAGUCACCGAGCCUGUGAAAGAAAAGGGUCCGGCAAGAAAAUAGAAGAGGAUAAUGUCAACAAGAGCACCUGGAAGGCCAAGGAACAUGUCAUGAUAACCUUAUAAAUUGAUUAGUACAACUGAGACUUGGUGGGACAACUCCCUGGCUUGGAACGAAGCAAUUGAAGGGCACAAUCUCUUCAAAAAGAUUAAAGUUAAUGGUAAAGGAGGGGGUUUAAUGAUAUUUGUCAAAUGUGUACACCUGCGCGGAAAUUCAAGAUAGUAAACAAGUCAGUCCAGUGGAGAACAUGUGGGUAAAAAUAAAGUCGGCUUCAGCUGUGGAAAUAGCAGGAUGCUUUGAACUACUGUCCAAGUAAGAGUUCUGAGGCUUUUCCUGCAACUCCUGCAGGGCUGACCCACCCAUGAGGCAAGCUGAGGCAACUGCCCCAGGUGGCAGGAUCUACAGGGGCAGCAGAUUCUGAUGUAGAUCUUUACCCCCCCCCACACACACCUUGUUCCUGAUUUAGAUAUUCAUUCAUUGCUUCUUCCCUGCUGAGGAGGGGAGUGCCAUUUUGUGGGUUGUCUCAGGUGCCAGAAUGUCUUGAGCCAGCCCUGAAAUCCUGGCACCAAAGCAGAGCACUGUUGGAAGCCAAUGGAAAGUGUCUGAUUGAAGGUGGAAUCCCACAAUGUGCUUCUGCAGAAGGAUGGGAAACUGGCAUGUUGAAUACAUUUCUUCCGCCUACGCGCCAGUUUGUUGUCAGAUGGCUGUAACACCGUUUGAGCUCUUGUUGAGCAUCAAGCCUGGAGAGGGAGAUGUGCGAAAAAAUCCCACAGCCCACAAAGUUGGCACUCGUGAGUUCAUCUGCGCUUAUUCAGAACACACUGUUUAUGUUGCUGUUGCAGUCCCAUCUGUGGUGGCUGAAAAGUGAAGCUAUUUGAGUCUAUGGCAGUUUUAAAGGCAUAAAUAAAAGCUGUGCUUUUUAUUAUGAUCGUUGAUCCUGUCUGUUUCCUUGAGGCAGCCUUUGGAUGUCUAACUUGGAGAAACUGCCACAAAGAAGCCCAGUUGGGAUAAGACGUCACUUUAGGACAGCCCCUUGAACGGAUGGAUAAGCCACUCCACAGAACCAGGAGGACUUUGAGUUCAUGCUCCUUCAUAGCUUCAGGGGUCAUUUACCUUUUACCUUACCAUAUAUUCAGAAUGAUUGUCAGGAAAAGGAAACCUGAAAAGCUACAGUGCAGGUGUGGAAAUGCUUCUACGUUUCCAAGGACAAUUCAAAGUGCUGGUGCUGACCUUUAAAGCCCCAAAUGGCCUCAGCUCAGUAUACCUGAAGGAGGGUCUCCAUCUCCAUCAUCCUGCCUGGACAUUGAGGUCCUCCUCCGAGGGCCUUCUCACAGUUCCUGCACUGUGAGAAGUGAAGUUACAGGGAAGCAGGCAGAGAAGUUACAGGGAAGCAGGCAGAGAGCCUUCUUGGCAGUGGUACCCUCCCUGUGGAACGCCCUCCCACCAGUAAACAACUCUACACAACUUUUAAAAAACGUCUAAAGGUAGCCCUGUAUUGGGAAGUUUUUAAAUUUUGAUGUUUUAUUAUAUUUUUGUAUGUGCUGAAAGCUGCCCAGAGUGGAUGGAGAAACCCAGCCAAAUGGGCAGGGUAUUAUUAUUACUAGUCUAUAAAGGAAUUUUUGGACCUGCUGUGUACUAUCAGCUAUCCCUCCCUGCUCUCUAAAACUUCUAUACAUGCUCUUUUCCUUCUCAGGUCAGCAACAGAGCUUUGGUUGACCUUAAAGCCCCUUCAGAUGUAUGUAAACUGUACAGCUCUGACUACCAGAAUACUUCACUGUUUUGUUCUACAAUCACACCAACCCAUUUACAUCUGGAAUACAGAAUAUGUGGGUCUCCAGCUCUUGAAGGACUCCAACCUUCAUCAGUCUCAGCCCAUAUGGCCAGUUGUCACUUUACUUUUCUCUGAGUAAACAUGCAUGAUUUCUGGCCUUAAGUCUGACUCAACUCUUUGCGGUCUUAUGCUUUUCAGCUCCUGGCCUAGAGGAAUCCGGAGCCUAAAGGAGCUGCAAUGCAGGGAGAAUUUAGCCAGGUAGGAUUUCACCAGCAGCACCGUCAAUGAGCUUCAAUGUCAAGAAAAUAUGCUGGUCCUGCUGAAUCUCUGCCGGCCAUGAAGCCACAAACGGAUGCUCCUCUGACUUCAAGGGCAAUUCUACUGGUGGGCAGAAGGUGAAACACUAAGUUUACUUUCAGUUGGAAAAGCCCUAUAUUUUUAACAUUUAUCUCCAUGUGAGAAGCAAUGACAAAUCUCUCUUUCGGGAAGACAAAGAGAAAACUUACAACGGGACAUGCUGUGAUGUAAUGCAAAGCCAUGUGAAAUUGUAUAGCAGGAUACGAAUUCUGUGGCCCUCUAGACUACAAUUCCCAGCAGCCCCUUGAUCAUUGGCUGAUGGUUGGGAGUCCAAACACAUCUGCAGAGCCACCACCUUUGUUACACACAGAGUAAGAGUCAGACCUCUAUCAAUUCAUUAGCCGUUCAAUUAUGCUUCAGCGCAAUGACUGGACUCCCAUUAACUUGUAGUGGAUGUCCUCCAAAAUUAGACAUCUAAUCUUGGCGAUAAUCUCCCUGGCUAGUCCUCCUCGGUCUGUGCUUCAUACCACCAAAUAAUAAUAAUAAUUAUUAUUAUUAUUAUUCAGGCACACUAACAAAGAAAGUGAUCUGAAGCAAAGUUGAUUGAAAGUACAUUGCACUGAAAUACUACACUUGCAAUCCAGGGCGGGCCCAAGAAGCAAACCACAAAAUGGUACGGGAGGGGGCAGGUGAGUGGAGAUCUACAUCAGGAACAAGAGGGGAACAGGGAUCUAAAUCAGGAACAAAGGGGAGGGAAUCAAAUCAACCUUAUCUGACAUGUGAAGGUGGGUGCAGAGCCCAGGAAACUCCAGAAGGCAGCCCCCGCCAUUUCCUCCCUAGGGGUAGGAGGAGAAUAACAGUGCCUCCUAUUCGCAGAGAGACUGCUGUAGAGGUAGCAUUGCUGAGGAGGUGGAAGCUCUGGCUUCCAAUGAGUGUUUCACAGCCAUUUCUGCCACUGUGGUGGCAGCUGCAGCAGGCAAUUGAUUCCUUGGAGGCCAGAUCUGUUGCCCGUGUGGUUCCUGCUGCCUGAGACAGUUGCCUCACCUUGCCUCACAGGUGGAAGAGGCCCUGCUUAAAUCAGUGUGACAUAGAUCCCCAUUUUUACAUAUACAGCCAUACCUCGUUUGUCGAAUGUAAUCAGUUCCAGAAGUCUGUUCGACUUCCGAAAAUGUUCAACAACCAAGGCGCAGCUUCCUAUUGGCUGAAGGAGCUUCCCGCACUCAAUAGGAAGCCGUGGAAGCCACGUUGGACAUUCGGUUUCCAAAUAACGUUCGCAAACCGGAACACCGGAGCCAAAAUGUUUGCGUCACAAGGUGUUCAGGAUCCAAGGUACGACUAUAUCUACAUAAAAGGAAUUCAGUCAGAAAGCCCAUAAAACUCAAUGGGCGUUACCAAGUAAGCAUGGUUAGGACUGCAGCCUGGGACUGCUAACCUUUGAAUGCAACCAGACUUAGACAUGUAUAGAAUUGCCCUGUUAAUCUUGAAAGAGAAAUGAUCAUGCUCCUCUGAAUUCUAAGAGUGCUACAAAGAGGUACCAUUCACAGGGGCAGCGCUGAAAUUUUACUUGGAUCAAUAGAGUUAUAUACUGAAAUCAGAUCUCAAUAUCUAUCACAGUUUGGCUAAGCUUCCCCUAAUCACUAAAUCUCAGUAAUGCAUAAUACCACUUAUCUUUCUUUCCCAUGGGAAACAGACUUGUCACAGGCGUCAGAAUGAAAACAUAUCAGGGUUUUCCCGGAAGAUUUGCAUUAAGGCAGAAUGAAAGGUUUGUGAAACUUGUCAUCACAUUUAUUGAAAGCAGAAACACAAUACGUUGCCAUCAAGUGUUUGGCAGGAGCUGCAGUUUCACAGUCCUGGAAAGUGGCAGUGAGUGGAAUUUGUGAAAGAGGUUCCUAGAAAUACUCCACAUCCCCACUGAGCAAAUUCGUUUGGUAGAUACACUCUAGUUCCUUGGCAGAGAAAUGAAACAGAGAAAAGUGCUUGGGAUUCAACCAGUUUCUGCCAUAAUGGGAUGUGGAAGACUUUGGAGGCAAUCAGUAGUUUUUCUUAAUGUGUCUGGACACAAGAACAUGUGUACUUUUGAGACAAUGGCAGAAAGUUCAGAUGUCCCAUCCUGCUGCUGAUUUACUAUACUUUAGAUCAUUUUAGAUGCAUCCCAUUCAACAGGGCCAGCCUGUUCAGGAGGCAGCUGCCUCAGGUGGCAAAAUCCGAGGGGUGCCUUCAUCGGUGUGUUGCACCGCUGCCACCAGAGAAGCAAGGAGAAGUGACUGCAGGGGCCUCCAGCAAAAUCUCACAGGGCUCUCCUGAGAUCUCCCCAGAAGCCACAGCUGUGAGACCCUCAUAAACGAGGCUCUGAUGAGGGGUGGCAAGGGUGGCAUGCAAGCAGGGUGGUGUGAGGAACGAUAAUGUUGCUUUUCCACCCAAAAGCCAAAAUGUUGCAACUGCUAGAUAACCGCAGACAGCACAGGCUUGCUUACACUUAAAUUUAGAACAGCUUAGGGUUAGGAUUCUCACAGAUAGGACAGCUUGCAGCUGGAAUACAGUUUAUUUGUAUGCUCCAGCAGGUAUAGAACUCAUUUACACAUGUUAGUGGUACGAUGUGGUUUUGUCUCUUGAGUCAAUGUGUAAAAGCAUAGAAACCAAAUGGACCAAAUAAGGAGAAAGGUGGUGGUCGUCGAAAUCAGAGUAAUGGGAGAUGUCAACAAAGGCGGGGAUUUUAGUUGGGAAAUUAGGCAGUCGUGAUAGGCUGUAAACCUUGCAGUACCCAGCCAAUGGGGAGACAAGGGAGGGAACCUGCGCUUCAGGUGUAGGGAAUAGAAGCUUAUGCUUUGUCAAUUUUGGGUGUGCCUACUCUAGACACUGUUCUCGAAGCUACCAACAUGCGUUUGACCAAACUGCGGGAGGCAGUGGAAGACAGGAGUGCCUGGCGUGCUCUGGUCCAUGGGGUCACAAAGAGUCGGACACGACUAAACGACAACAACAACAACUCUAGACACAUGGGAUGUAGGUGGCACUGUGGGUUAAACCACAGAGCCUAGGGCUUGCUGAUCAGAAGAUCAGCGGUUCAAAUCCCCGUGAUGGGGUGAGCUCCCGUUGCUCAGUCCCUGCUCCUGCCAACCUAGCAGUUCGAAAGCAAAUCAAAGUGCAAGUAGAUAAAUAGGCGGGAAGGUAAACGGCGUUUUCGUGCGCUGCUCUGGUUCUCCAGAAGCGGCUUAGUCAUGCUGGCCACAUGACCCGGAAGCUGUACGCCGGCUCCCUCGGCCAAUAAAGCGAGAUGAGCACUGCAACCACAGAGUCGGUCACAACUAGACCAGGUCAGGGGUCUUUUUACCUUUACCUUUACUCAAGACACCGGUUCUUGCAAGAACAUAUUGUAUUCAAGAAACUUUGCUGCUUCACCAAUUUUGUUCAGAUUGUAUUUUAAGGAGUGGGAUUAAGGGUCUUAGGACACACUUUUUAUAUCUUACAGGUGGCAUCUUCCCAUUACACCUCACACAGUGAAACAGGACAGGACACCCCGGCCAUUCAACCGGAAUCUGCUUGACACAACAGGAAAGAGUCAAAUACUUGGCUUAUCUAGCAUCUGUCUCAAGAGACCUCCAGGUGUUGCUGGACAUCUCAUUCUUACCAGACCCAGGCAGCAUCGCCUAUUUUUAGGCAUGAUGGCCCAUCAACAUCUGAAGUCAGGGCACAGGUUCCCCAACCCUGAUCUAUCUAAUUAAACUUCACCAGAUGAAUCUAAUUAGCCCUGAACCGACAGUUCCAAUAGUCAUCAGCCCCCAUUGUAUACCCUUUCUGUAAGGACAAUAGAAAGGUUGGCCAACAAAGUUCCCCACCUACCCUGCUGUCUCCUGAGAAAAG